AAUGCAGCUGUGUAUUUCAAUUGUUUCGAAUUUAAAAAAGCUAUUGUACCUUUUUAAUCACUCCUUCCGUAGCUACCUACCUAACUUCUUAUAUUAAUUUUCAGUAUCAAUGGCGGUGUAUGCAAUGAUUCUCAACCGAUCUAUAAAACGAAUCUCAACACACGAAUGCACACGAACAUUUACAUCGUCCACCACGAAAUACAAAACUUCAAAGAAAAAGUGGUCCGACGAGCUGUCAGCACCAGUUGCAGCAGAUAUGAUCGGUACACCUGAUCCGAUAUCCAAUCUUAGACCCGUAAAAUACUAUAUACCACCAAAUGAGACACAAGAAGUAAGACUACAAUGAAGCUAUAGAAUCUUACUUAUUGGAAUGUUAAAGCGAUUGUUGACGUUAGGAUAAACAAUGGAGAGAAUCGUGCCAAAAAUUGGAUGCUUACAAUGAA